AUGGCCUAUAAUGAAUUUCAACUAUACAUAUAUGAUUACUUUAAAGGAAAACCAUAUGGGGGAAUAUUUGAGGGACGAAGACCAACUCUGUACAUUUUUGACCCUGACCUUAUAAAAGCUAUAGCCAUACGCGAUUUUGAACAUUUUGUGGACAGGAACUCAAUAGACAGUAAUGAGCCUAGAUAUUUAAAACGCUCUUUAAUUAAUUUGAAGGGAUCAGAAUGGAAAAUUAUCCGCAGCGCAAUCACACCAGCUUUCAGUUCCGCACGCCUGAAAAACAUGUUUCCGCUCAUUCAGCAAAGUGCAGACCAAAUGGUUAAAUUUCUGCAGCAAUAUGACAAAAGUGACGUUGAAAUGAAAGAUUUAGUAGGGCAUUUAACAUUGGAAGUGAUAGGCGCAUGUGCUUUUGGAAUAAAAACUGAUGCUCUCACUGAUGAAAACGCAAACUUUGUCAAGCUAGCUGAACGAUUUGGAUACGUAUCGCCUUCACGAAAGAUCGUGUUGAUAGUUUUUAUUAUGCUCUUGCCGCAAUUGAUGAAAUACAUGAAUAUAUCGUUCUUGAACCCUGAGGUAGCAGAAGAAUUAGUAAAUAUCUUAAAAAUCACAAAAGCGGAAAGGAGGAAAGCUGAAUCUAAGAAGAGCGAUUUCCUACAACUCCUAAUAGAAGCAGCAAACAAGGAGAAAGAAGAGGCUGAAAAGACAAAUGCUCUAAUACAUUUGGAUGAUGACACCAUAGAUGCGCAAUCAUUCCUCUUUUUAAUAGCUGGGUAUGAAACAUCGAGCACUUUGUUGUCUUUCGCCAUUCACACAUUGGCCAUCAAACCGGACAUCCAAGAAAAACUACGUGCACAUAUCCAAGAAGUUACAGAGGGAAAAGAAAUCACAUAUGAAUUAUUGUCAGAGCUGACCUAUCUCGAAGGGUUCCUGCUAGAAACAUUACGCUUGCAUCCACCACUGUCAAGAGUAGAAAGAAAAUGCACCAAAAAUUAUGUCUUACCUGGAACAAAUAUUAAAAUAAAUGUUGGUGACUUGCUGGCCAUUCCCGUGUAUGGCAUUCAUAUGGACCCUAAUAUAUAUCCGGAGCCUCAUGAGUUUAGACCUGAGAGGUUUAUAGGAGAAGAAAAAAAUAACAGACCCUCUCAUUUGUAUUUGGCUUUUGGUGCUGGACCCAGGAACUGUAUUGGUAUGCGUUUUGCGAUGAUCUCGGCUAAAAUAGCCAUGGUGUCAUUAUUAAAAAAUUUCAAAUUCUCUGCAUGUGCUAAAACUGAAAAUCCAGUCACCAUAGACAAAAACUCUUUGUUACUAAAGGCAGCAUCUGGUUUAUGGGUCAAAAUAGAAAAAAUAUAA